UCCUCUGGAGGCACACUGAGCAGCAAAGUCCCUAUUCGUGCAAACUGGGAGAGUCUCCUCGAGAGCGAGCACAGGACCAACAGGGCAGCAGCGUGCAGUGCAGUUCUGCAGAGUGGCCAUGGGAAGUGGCCGGGCAGUCUGGCGGGCGACAGUCCUUGGGUUGCUCCUCACAGGCUUCAUCCUGGCUGGAAAGGUGGCAGCUGCAGAAGGACCAACCAUCCACGUGCUGCAGGCCGGAAAACAGCUCUCUCUGCAGUGUCAGGGGAUCACAGGACACGUGAAGUGGAUGCGAGAUGGAGCCCAGCUGUCUGAGAGCCACCCCACCUUUCCCCUGGGCUCUGUGAUGGAUGACCCCAGAGGCGUCUUCCAUUGCAACAACAGCGAACCCCUGCAGGUGUUUGUGCGAAUGUGCCAAAACUGCAUCGAGCUGAACUUGCCCACAGUCUGCGGGAUCCUCGUGGCCAGCCUCGUGGCCACCCUCUUCCUGGCUGUGGCUGUGUACUGCAUCGCUGCAGAGGAGUCGGGCUGGCAGCCGCGGGCUUCUGAAAAGCAGAACCUGCUGGCCAACGAGCAGCUCUACCAGCCUCUUGGAGAAAACACCAACGGGCAGUACAGCCACAUCGGGGCGGCCAAGGCCCGCCGCCGGUGAAAGGCUGCCGGACUGCUCUGCCCCGGCCUUCCUGCUUGACCUUCGCGUGGCCGGAUCCCUGGUGGCCGACUGGCGGCUGCCUUGAGGAGCCAGAGCGGGACAGGGACGUGCUUUCAAGCAGCAAUAAAGGGCGCCUCAAUCUUGCCACUGCCUUUGGAAA